GCCCCUCAUUCGCCAUAUUUCGUGGAGGAAUGCGCUGGAGGAGAGCGGCACUGAGCCGGUUCACAGUUAUCUCAAACACCCUGCGCUCUGUUUAACGCCGCAAAACAGCCAGAGAGUGACAAACAUCAUGAAUCUCUUUAGACUGACCGGAGAUCUGUCUCAUUUAGCUGCCAUCAUCAUCCUGCUGCUCAAGAUAUGGAAGACCAGAUCGUGUGCAGGUAUCUCUGGGAAGAGCCAGAUACUCUUCGCCUUGGUUUUCACCACAAGAUACCUGGAUCUCCUAACGUCAUUCAUCUCUCUUUACAACACAUCCAUGAAGAUUAUCUACAUUGGAUGUGCCUAUGCCACCGUAUACAUGAUCUACGUCAAAUUCAGAGCAACCUACGAUGGAAACCAUGACACUUUCAGAGUGGAGUUCCUAGUGGUUCCAGUGGGAGGCCUUGCCUUCCUGGUCAACCACGACUUCUCUCCAUUGGAGAUCCUGUGGACCUUUUCCAUCUAUCUUGAGUCAGUGGCCAUCCUGCCUCAACUCUUUAUGAUUAGUAAGACCGGCGAGGCUGAGACCAUCACUACCCACUAUCUGUUCUGUCUGGGGGUCUACCGUGCCCUUUACCUCUUCAACUGGAUCUGGAGGUUCUACUUCGAGGGAUUCUUUGACAUGAUCGCCAUCGUUGCUGGGGUUGUCCAGACUAUUCUCUAUUGUGACUUCUUCUACCUUUAUUUCACUAAAGUGUUAAAAGGAAAGAAGCUGAGUCUACCAGCCUAAGUGCCAAAGAACAGAGAGCUGUGUCUCCAUCAGACUUAUAGAGGAGCACAGGCCAAUGAUGCCACUGCUCAAUCACUGAUUUCUUUCCACUCCACCUGGACACCAUCAACCAUCCCCUUACAGCAAAGAGGACUUUUUUACAAACUUUUUUGUUCUUCUGUCUUUAGCAUCUUGUGAUACUUUAUUUUUUAUUGCUAUUAAAAGAAAAAGAAGAAAAAACUUUUCUAUAAGCAAUGUUGAUUGAAUGAUGCAUUAUACACAUUAACUCCAGUUAUUAAGUGCAUCAUUGUUCAUUUGUCCAUGAUUUGAAAUGGUUCCCAGAGUGUUCAAUAAGUUUGUGUUUCUUCCUGAUUUAUGUGUAUGUUCAAAAAUUCAAAUUAUUAGAUACCAUCCCCUUUUUACAAUGUACAUGUGGCAAUUUCGCCCCUUUGCUUCAAAAAGUGGUUUAGCCACCGGUGGGUUUAAAAAAAGAAAUUCAGUUUUUCAUUUGUUCACAAAAAUGCCUUAUGCUUAUUUCAGAUUUUGUACAUAACCAUUUGUGUUCAUUCCCCCAUGGAAACAAGUAAACUGUAAAUAAUAGAAUGUUUCAUAUUCCAUUAGGCACCAUUAUCCUUCACUCUUUUUUAGGAUGUUGAUCAUUGUCAACAGGAUGAGGUGAUAUUACAGUAAGAUUGUUUAAAUGUUCAGUUUUCACCUGCGAACAGAUAAGCUUGUCAAGAUGCAGUAAAAUAUGGCAAAACCAUUCAAUUAAGUGGUGUGGAUACUGGCAAAGCACAUUAGAGGUGUGUGUAUGACAUGAGUUUUGUAGUGUAGUCUUUUUAUAUAUAUAUUUUUUUUAGGUUCAGUGUCCCAGGAAUUUUCCCCACUUGAGUCUUUCCAGUAGGGUUUAGUUAUUUUUCUAGUUUUUACAUGUUACAGUCUCCAAUAAACAUUUUAAGGGACAAGAUUUUAUGUUUAUUUGUCUGAAACCAAUGUCUAAAGUUCCUUAAAGAUGAAGCAUUUCUUAAAACUGUUUUAAAAAUGUAUUACAUUGUAUUAAUGGGCACAUUUACUGUAUAUGGGCUGACUACAAUUGGCACACAAACCAGAAAAUAUGGAAUUUAUUUGGAACAGAGGUUUUCAAACAGGUCCAGGAGCUUCGCAGAAAGUUUCUGUGAAAAAAAUAAAAUAAAAAAAAAAUGUGUAUAAAAAGCAUUUACCAAAUUUGACAUGAUUACAUUAUGUUUACAUUAUUACAUUAAGACCCCGUUUCCACCUGGUAUUAAUGUGCGUUUUGGGUGAUCCGAUCACAUUUGCGAAUACAGGUCUAAACGGGCUAAAACGUUUUGUGAUCGGAUCACAAAAACCACAUACAAAUGUUGUUAAAAUUGCAUGUGACCAGAUCACAGUUGAGGUGUAAAUGCUAAUCUGUCCUGUAUGCAUCCCGGUGUCAUAAUCAAAUGAGUCCGCCUAUGAAUUAGAGUCACGGGGGUUCUGUUUGUUAUUGCAACGGCUUUGAAAUGGUGAAAAGCACUAAAGAUACGAAAAUAACUGGACUGGCUUCAUUAAUUAAUGAACAUGUUUAUUAAAAAAAAAAAAAAAACCGUUACAUGUUUUUGGUUAGUUUUAAGUUAGUACGUUAGUUUUAGCUAAAUGUUCUUAAAUGUACUCAAACCUGCUCAGCACACGUUUACCUGUCAAUCAAUCGCUGCGCUAAAACAAGAGUUUAAACUUUGCUGGUUACAAGUGGUUUUAAAAGGAAAAUAACCAUCCAUUCAGAACAUUUAUAAAAGCGGAUACAUACACACCUGACGCACCUUUAAUGCAGGUAAUAAACUAAAAUAACAGAUCAUUCUGACUGACAUGUUGCGUUUGUGCUUUGAUUAAAUUUCAUCUGCACCUGA